AUGGAGCAAUCAUCAUCUUCUUCCUCCUCUUCUUCUUCUUCCAAAAAGGAAAGUCUUGAUGUUCCCCUGCAUUCAUUUGGGUUCCAAAUUGAAGAAUUGUCCCGUGAAAAGGUCACUGGCCGCCUCCUUGUUACCCCCAAGUGCGUUCAGCCGUUCAAAGUGUUACACGGCGGAGUAUCGGCGUUGAUUUCGGAGGCGAUGGCUAGCAUGGGGGCCCACAUGGCAUCGGGAUUGCAAAGAGUGGCUGGGAUACACCUGAGCAUCAAUCAUGUGAAAAGCGCCCACCUUGGAGACCUUAUCCUCGCCGAAGCCACUCCCUUCAGUAUUGGCAAAACCAUCCAGGUGUGGGAGGUGCGGCUCUGGAAAUUAUCGGAUCCUUCAAACACACAAUCCACUAAAUCAUUGGUAUCAUCAUCAAGGGUUAUUCUUAUCUGCAACUUGCCUGUGCCUGACCAUGCUAAAGAAGCCACAGAAAAUCUCAGAAGCCAGGCUAAACUAUGA